AUGUUCCCAACACGCGCACUACUGAAGCGUUCCAUCUGGAAGGGACCGUUCGUCGUCCCCUACCCCCUUCAGGACCUGUCGAACCUGGAGCCGGGAAAAAAGCCAUUGGCGAUCCGAACCCACGUUCGAUCGUGCACUAUUAUUCCCCCGUUCGUCGGACAGCGGUUUCAAGUUCAUAAUGGAAAGGAUUAUGUCGAGUUCAUGGUCACGGAGGAGAUGGUCGGACACAAGCUUGGAGAGUUUGCGCCCACACGGAAGAAGUUCAAUUAUAAGAUGUCGAAGAACAAAUAA